AUGUUUGUGGAAAAGUUCUUCCUCUUAGCGCAGAGAAGUUUCCUGUAUACCGAUGCCGUGGACAAUCUCAGUGCCGACAACGUGUUCGAGACCAUGGUGUGCGCUGACAAAUACGACGUUCCGCAGCUGCAUUGUGGAGAAGUGUCUGGUUCUGUGGACCUGAACAGUGCUGCGAUUCUGCAGUCGACAGAAUUCACCGACACCUCACAGGAUACACUGCAGAACAUUCUGAAGCGUGAUACCCUAUCGGCCGAGGAAAACGAGAUCUAUUUGGCUGUGGAAAGGUGGGCAGAGGCGGCCUGCGCUCGCAACGCCUUGGAUGCAUCUGGCGCUAAUCGGCGCCAGAAGUUAGAUAGCGGUCUGCUGAGCGAAGGGGAGCUGCUAAGCGUGCUCUUGUACCAGAAUGCUACAGUGAAGCCGCAAAAUCUGCCUUUUCCACAGCGUGCCGGACGGGAGUGUGCAUAG